CUCCCCCGUCUGUGGCGGCGGCGGGCUGAUGGGUCCGGAAAUCUCUUGAAGGUGAAUCCAAGCAAGAUAAACGGUGCGGAGAGGAGGCGCGGGGCUGGGCUCAGAGCGGCGGCGGCGGCGGCGGCGGCGGCGGCUCCACUCCCUCCGCGCCCACCCUCCCACCAUGCGGGGCCGCGGCCCAUGGUGAGCCCCAGCAGCCGGCACCAUCGGCUGGAGACGAAGAAGAAGAAGAAGAGGAGGAGGCGGCGAGCGCGGGGGAAGACGAAAAAGAAAAAGAAGGGAGAGGGCUGCCAGCAGCACCGGGACCAACGAGCACAUCAGCCCCGGAGCCCGGCUCGGGCGCAUCUUCGGCGCCGCCUGACUCCCGAGCGGAGGCGGCGGCGGGGCGGCGGCGGCCCGGCGCGGCGGGCCGGGGCUGCGUGCCGGCGCCGGACCAUGGACCGCGGGCUGCACCUCGGAGCGGCCGCCGCGGGCGAGGACGACCUCUUCCUGCACAAGAGCCUAACCGCCUCCGCGGCCAAGCGCUUGGAGGCAUCUUUCCGCUCCACGCCCCCGGGCAUGGACCUGUCCCUGGCGCCGCCGCCUCGGGAGCGCCCGGCGUCCUCCUCCUCGUCACCCCUGGGCUGCUUCGAGCCGGCUGAUCCCGAGGGUGCAGGGCUGCUGCUGCCGCCGCCUGGGGGAGGUGGCGGCGGCGCGGGAGGUGGUGGUGGCGGUGGCGGCGGCGGGGGGGUGGGCGUCCCCGGGCUGCUGGUGGGCUCUGCCGGGGUUGGGGGCGACCCUAGACUGAGCAGCCUGCCGGCCGGGGCCGCCCUGUGCCUCAAAUACGGCGAGAGCGCGAGCCGGGGCUCGGUGGCCGAGAGCAGCGGUGGCGAGCAGAGCCCCGACGACGACAGCGACGGCCGCUGCGAGCUGAUGCUGCGGGCCGGAGGGGUCGACCCGCGGGCCUCCCCGGGCGCGGGAGGCGGCAGCACCAAGGCGGCGGAAGGCUGCUCCAACGCCCACCUCCACGGCGGCGCCAGCGGCCCCCCAGGGGGUCCUGGCGGCGGCAGCGGUGGGGGUAGCAGCGGCGCUGGCGGUGGCAGCAGCGGCAGCGGCAGCGGCAGCGGCAGCAGCAAGAAAUCCAAAGAGCAAAAGGCGCUGCGGCUCAACAUCAACGCCCGAGAGCGCCGGCGGAUGCACGACCUGAACGACGCGCUGGAUGAGCUGCGCGCGGUGAUCCCCUACGCGCACAGCCCCUCGGUGCGCAAGCUCUCCAAGAUCGCCACGCUGCUGCUCGCCAAGAACUACAUCCUCAUGCAGGCGCAGGCCCUGGAGGAGAUGCGGCGCCUCGUCGCCUACCUCAACCAGGGCCAGGCCAUCUCGGCCGCCUCGCUCCCCAGCUCCGCGGCGGCGGCGGCGGCGGCCGCUGCCCUGCACCCGGCGCUGGGCGCCUACGAGCAAGCUGCCGGCUACCCGUUCAGCGCCGGGCUGCCCCCGGCUGCCUCUUGCCCGGAGAAGUGCGCCCUGUUCAACAGCGUCUCCUCCAGCCUCUGCAAACAGUGCACGGAGAAGCCUUAAACACACCUCCCCCCCGAGAAACAUCAGACCGACCCAAAAGCGAGAGGAAAGGGAAAGGCUGCCCCCACCCCCUUUAUUUUGGUCCUCUGGUAGUUGUGAAACAUUUGCAGAGCAAACAAAGCAGAGGCGAGAACGGAGGAGACGUGUCAAGAGACAAGCGGGACGUUAGCCCUGACAUCCCCAGCA